AUCUCUCCGGGGAGAGAGAGGAGAGAGACGCGGGUUGGGAGAGAGAGAAACAGAGGAGCAGCAAAAAAUGGGUAAGGUAGUGGAGAGGAAGAAGAGGAAGAAAGGGCGGCCAUCGCUGUUGGAUCUUCAAAAGCGGAAUCUCAAGGAGCAGCAAGAGCAAGAAGAGCAGGAGCAGGAGCAGAAGAAAAAGCAUCAGCACCAAACCAAGCGAAUCAAUUCCUCCACCGCAAUUUCCAACCCUAAUUACGCUUCUCCAACUCCGCUGCGGCGAUCUACUCGCCGGAAUCCCAACCCCGACGGCCUCACUCCCGAUGAGGUCGCUGAUGACCACGAGGAUGCCGAUUACAACGACCAAUUGGCUGAGAACCGCCGCGAGAGGAAACUCAAGCUCGUCGUCAGAUUGCACUCCCCGAAAUCUCCCGUCAAUUCGUCGUCUCUCAAUUCCUGUCGUUCCGAUUCUAAUGCGGACGUGGACGGUAAUGCUGCGUCGAUUAACAAAAAGCGGAAGAUCGAUACGAUUGGGGAGGGAUCUAGGAUCCAACACUCCGAGAAGGAUGAGAAGUCCAUUUCUGCCACAAAUCCCUCGGAAACCCUCCAAGGGUCGCAUAUGGAUUCGGCACCCUCGGCGCCUUUACCAGAUAAGAAGCUUUUGGUUUUCAUCCUCGACAGGCUUCAAAAGAAGGACAUCUAUGGUGUGUUUUCUGAACCAGUGGACCCCAACGAGCUUCCAGACUACCACGAAAUUAUAGAGCAUCCGAUGGAUUUUGGGACUGUUCGGGAGAAGCUUACUUCUGGAGCUUAUAGCAGCUUGGAACAGUUUGAAAAAGACGUUCUCUUAAUCAGUUCGAACGCAAUGCAAUAUAAUUCCUCAGAUACUAUAUAUUAUCGGCAGGCGCGUACCAUACAAGAGUUGGCAAAAAAGAGUUUUAAGAACUUGAGACAAGAUAGUGAUGAUAAUGAACCAGAACCUAAAGUGGUGAGAAGGGGUAGACCACCGACUAAGAAUUUAAAAAAACCAUUGGGUAGACCUCCCUUGGAACGUGCUGGUUCGGAGUUUUCCCCAGAUGCCACUCUUAUUACUGGUGGUGAAAACACAAAUCGGUCCAACGAUUUGAGGAAAGGACUUCAUCAUUUUGAAAAGCCUGGUUUAGCUGAUUUUUCUGGCAGAUUCUCCUUCUCUUCCAAUAGUGAAGCUGCAUUUAAUUUGUUUAACCAGAACAGAUUUGAUAGAAGCGAGGACAUGACAGGUUCUGCACUGAGAUUCAAUUCAGUAAGACAGGGCAAAAAACCGAUCGUCUCCGAUGAGAAUAGGCGUGACACAUAUAAGCAAUUUCAAGCGGCAACUGCUUUACUGGAGCCCUCUGUGCUGAAUACAUUUGAUAGAGAGAGGAAGGUUUUAAUGCCAGUUGGGCUUUUCUUGGAGCAUGCUUAUGCACGAAGCCUAGCUCGAUUUGCUGCAGAUCUUGGAUCUGUUGCAUGGAGAGUUACUUCUAAGAAAAUUGAAAGAACUUUACCCGCAGGUUCGAGUUUUGGUCCUGGAUGGGUUGUAGAAGAUGAUACCACACCAAAGAGGGUGUUUCUACCGCAAGCUGAACUCGGUCAAAAGUCGACAUUGCAUGAAAGUUUGGCUCCUAAUGUAAAGCCUCUUGCUCCUGAACAAAAGACCGUUCGAUCAUCCGACAACUUCGAAGCUGAUACGUCGUCUAAGAUGCAUGAUCAGCCUUCUCAUGUCCCCAGUUCAGAUGGCUAUUUACCCUCCAGGCCUCCCGCAGAGUUCUCUGCAGCUUCUUCAUCGUCGCCGUCAAGUACUCGACAAUCUUCAGAGCCCUGCAGGGGACAGGCGGAAACAGUUGAAGGAUUAAAUCCCAGUAGUGAUUAUAAUGUAUUGGAAAGUAGUAUUCCAAUCUCGAGGCCUUCGUUACAAAAACACGAGAAUCUAACAAUCUGCCAUGGUAUGAAUGGAUUCAAUGGUGCUUAUGGCUUUGAUCUCUCUGCUCACAGGGGGAAACUAAUAGGCGCGUCCGAGCCUGCUGGUGUAAAGCCUCAGUCAUCAUCUCAAAUGCUCGAGAUGAUCUCGAGGACUAAUGCUAAUUUCAUCCUUCCAGCAAUGGCGACCAGACUGAAUCUGAAAGAACCAAAAUGUCCCGAAAACAAUCUUGGUACAACAAACUCUUCCAGUUCAUUGCUUAGGUCGGGGAACGAGACUCUUGUCGAAACACCAUGGCGGCGGCGGCAGCCGCAGGGGCCAUCACCAGCACCAGCCCCAGAAGAAACAGCAGUAACAACAACAACAACACUAUACAAACCCGAAUCCGUUCCCCCAGACCUGAACGUGAGAUUUAAAUCUCCAGGAUCUCCUCCUAGCUCUAGUAAGGUGGACUCUGCUCACCCUGAUUUAGUUUUACAGCUCUGAGGAUUACUAAUUAUUAAUUAAUUUUCAACUUCUUGAUUGAUUAACCAUAGAAAUGGUGGGUUUGAGAUCUGUUGCUUCUGGAGUAGAGACAAAGAUGGAGACUUAUCAACCCUACCAAAUUGUGUUGUAAAAACAAUAGAAGAGGGAUUCUUGUACAGAUUUAUGUAUCCUAAUUUUUUAGGUUCAGGGGGGGAAAAAAAAAAGAUAGGUGCCAAUUUCUGUUCUUGGA